CCAGGACCCAUACUAGAAGACACCCAGACUAACACGGAGUCCACGGCUCCAGGAAACGGUCUUUAGGAGGCUGUGGGCAUAGGAGGAAGUCUCAUUUCUUUAAGCACGUGAUUCUUCAGAGCUCAUAAGAGUUGGUCGGGAGGAGAGGAGCAGCGACUUGAAAAGCCAGAAUUCUGCCAAGACUUCGGGGAACAGAGGACACCAAGAUGCCCUUGCUCUCUAAUUAGAGAGGUUGGAGCCUAUUGAUCAUCAUGGAGAUAAGCCUGUGACCUACUUCAAAGGAGCAAUUUCAGCACAUGGCAGGUGACACCUGGUCUUCUACGGGGCUGUGACUUGAGCCCAGCAGCAGAGUUUCUGAGGCUGGUGGAGGAAGUCCCAUGGUCCAGGUAUUCACCUGCCUGGUCCCCAGGCAGAUCUCCACAAAGAAGAGACAGCUCUGCACCUGACAUUGGAGCAACACCAGAAAUGCUUAGGCUAGUUCAUUUUCACUGGACUCACAUGGCCAAACCAAACCCUUCCCUUUCCUUGCAAGAUGAAAGAAAGGAGCCAUGAUUGAGCCACUGGACAGUCCAGCCAAUGAUUCGGAUUUCCUGGAUUACACAACUGCUUUGGGAAACUGCACUGACGAGCAAAUCUCAUUCAAGAUGCAGUACCUUCCCGUCAUCUAUAGCAUCAUCUUCCUCGUGGGCUUCCCGGGGAACACAGUGGCCAUCUCCAUCUACAUUUUCAAGAUGCGGCCGUGGAGGGGCAGUACAGUCAUCAUGCUGAACCUGGCCUUGACGGACUUGCUGUAUCUGACCAGCCUCCCAUUCCUCAUCCAUUACUAUGCCAGUGGUGAAAACUGGAUCUUUGGAGAUUUCAUGUGCAAGUUCAUCCGCUUCGGCUUCCACUUCAACCUCUACAGCAGCAUUCUCUUCCUCACCUGCUUCAGUCUCUUCCGUUACGUUGUGAUAAUUCACCCGAUGAGCUGCUUUUCUAUUCAGAAAACUCGCUGGGCAGUGGUAGCUUGUGCUGGGGUGUGGGUCAUUUCUUUGGUAGCUGUCAUGCCCAUGACUUUCCUGAUCACAUCAACCACCCGGACCAAUAGGUCUGCUUGCCUUGACCUCACCAGUUCAGAUGACCUCACUACUAUCAAGUGGUACAAUCUCAUUUUGACAGCCACCACUUUCUGCCUGCCAUUGGUGAUAGUGACACUUUGCUACACGACAAUUAUCAGUACCCUGACUCACGGUCCUCGGACCCACAGCUGCUUUAAGCAGAAGGCUCGGAGGCUGACUAUUCUGCUUCUCCUUGUGUUCUAUAUAUGUUUCUUACCCUUCCACAUCUUGAGGGUCAUUCGGAUCGAAUCUCGCCUGCUUUCAAUCAGCUGCUCCAUUGAGAGUCACAUCCAUGAAGCUUACAUUGUUUCUAGACCAUUAGCUGCCCUCAACACCUUUGGCAACUUGUUGUUAUAUGUCGUGGUCAGCAAUAACUUCCAGCAGGCAUUCUGCUCUGUAGUGAGAUGCAAAGCCAGUGGGGACCUUGAACAAGGAAAGAAAGACAGUUGCUCAAACAACCCUUGAGUAAUGCCAUUUUCGUCAAGGCCAGAGAGAUGGCUCAGUGGUAAAGCUCUUGACAUGCAAAUGUGAGAGUCUGAGAUAGACUCUUCAGAGCCCACAUAAAUUGUGUGUGGUAGCAACUAUCUGCAAUCCCAGUGCCUCUGUGGUGAGAUAGAUAUGGAGAUAGAAUCCUUAAAGGCUCGAAUGCUAACUGGCCAACUCUACACAGUGACUAGCCUCAAAGAGACCUUCUUUCCAAGGAGAUAAAAGGGAAGGACCAAUGCUUAAGGCUGUCCUUUGAGCUCUACAUGUUCACUGUGACAUGUAUCAGACCCUGACACAAACAGCCACGCAUCAUUCACACAUACAUACUUAUCAAAUAUCAAUCAGUCUAUCCUUCCAUCCAUCAAUCAAUCAAUUAACAUGCCCUGAUAAUUUGUAUAUAACUUCCAAGAAAUCCUUAAUACCCUCUCAGUUGAGCCCCCAGUAACUACAGAGUAUUCAGGUCAUUAUGAACCAAAGCCAUGAGUAAGGGCCCUUAUGAGAUCUUUGCAAUAUGUUUUUUGAUAUAUUUGGGUAGAGAAUGGGCUACACAAGUAUCAAUAAAGUAUAUAGAAAGAUUAGAAACUAUGGAACUCAGAGAAUUUCUGUUACCACCAACUAAUUGCCUCCACACAUAAACUAGUGUUUGUACACCAAAGCCCGGACCUCCUACUGCUUUAAUGCCAAGAUGGGAAGGCUCAAACAAACCAGAACCAAGCAAAAGUCAAGACACAGAAGUAUGUGGCUGAGCCGGAUAUACCGCUUUCUGCUACCAGUAAGUGGAUAUUUAGUGAGGAUAACUCCCUGGAACACAGAUGCAUGGAAUCUGCGAAGAUCUAAGCAAAGUAUUCCAACCUGGUGAUCGUGGAAAAAGUCUCUGGCUCUCAGAUUGUUGACACUGACAAGAGGAAGUACUUGGUUCCAUCUGACAUCACCGUGGCUCAGUUCCUGCGAUGAUCAGGAAAGGCAUCCAGCUUCCCUCCGAGAAGACCAUCUUCCUGAUUGUGGACAGGACAGUCCCACAGUCCAGCCUAACUAUGGGACAGCUUUACAAGAAGGAAAAAGAGGAAGAUGGAUUCUUGUAUGUGGCCUACAGUGGAGAGAACACUUUUGCCUUCUGAGGC